AUGGCCUACCAGGGCUCCGGCGCGCAUUCGCCUAAUUACGAUGGGAACCAUCGCCUGGAAGAUGUUCCCCCUUCCCAAGUCCAUGAGGAUGCAUCGCGCGGACUGCUGGCCCACCAGCAAGGCCAGGGUCCUUUUGCGACGCCCUUCGAUGACCCUCACUCGCGUGGAAUGUCGCCAGUGCGCCCCGCCUCGGGAUACAGUCUGACCGAGACCUAUGCCACCGAUACGGCCGCUCCCGCAUAUCAUGAUCCGUAUGCGACAGGGUCCGUCUACUCAGGCCAAUCCGAACACCCCGCAGCCGCCUUUGGUGUCCCCGGCCGAGUGGCAUCCCCUUAUGCGCGCAGUGAAACCUCAUCCACCGAGGCCUGGCGCCAGCGACAAGCCCCUGGCGGCGGCAACGGCGGCGGUAACCUGCGCCGUUAUGCCACCCGUAAGGUGAAGCUGGUUCAAGGUUCCGUCCUGAGUGUCGACUACCCCGUUCCCAGUGCCAUUCAGAACGCCAUCCAGGCUAAAUAUCGCAAUGAUCUGGAGGGUGGCAGCGAGGAGUUCACCCACAUGCGAUAUACUGCGGCAACUUGUGACCCCAACGAGUUCACUCUCCACAAUGGCUACAAUCUGCGUCCGGCCAUGUACAACCGGCAUACCGAGUUGCUGAUCGCCAUUACCUACUACAAUGAGGACAAGACCCUGACCUCACGUACCUUGCACGGUGUCAUGCAGAACAUUCGUGAUAUCGUCAACCUCAAGAAAUCCGAGUUCUGGAACAAGGGUGGUCCCGCGUGGCAGAAGAUUGUUGUGGCGCUCGUUUUCGAUGGUAUUGAUCCUUGUGACAAGGACACCUUGGACGUCCUUGCCACCAUUGGUAUAUACCAGGAUGGUGUCAUGAAGCGUGAUGUCGAUGGCAAGGAGACGGUCGCCCAUAUUUUCGAAUAUACGACUCAGCUCUCUGUGACCCCCAGCCAGCAGCUGAUUCGCCCAACUGACGAUGGUCCUAGCACUCUGCCGCCUGUGCAGAUGAUGUUUUGUUUGAAGCAGAAGAACAGCAAGAAGAUCAACUCGCACCGUUGGCUAUUUAAUGCUUUUGGUCGGAUUCUUAACCCCGAGAUUUGUAUCUUGCUUGAUGCAGGUACCAAGCCCGGUGGGAAAUCGUUGCUAGCUCUUUGGGAGGCCUUCUACAACGACAAGGAUCUUGGAGGUGCUUGCGGUGAAAUCCACGCUAUGUUGGGCAAGGGCUGGCGGAAUCUCAUUAACCCGCUAGUGGCAGCGCAGAACUUCGAGUACAAGAUCAGCAAUAUCUUGGACAAGCCGCUUGAGAGCUCCUUCGGUUACGUCAGUGUGUUGCCCGGUGCAUUCUCUGCCUAUCGAUUCCGCGCGAUCAUGGGCCGCCCCCUGGAACAGUACUUCCACGGUGAUCACACUUUGUCGAAACAGCUCGGCAAGAAGGGUAUUGAGGGUAUGAAUAUCUUCAAGAAGAACAUGUUCUUGGCCGAGGAUCGUAUUCUGUGUUUCGAGUUGGUUGCCAAGGCGGGCUCCAAGUGGCACUUGUCUUAUGUCAAGGCUUCCAAGGGUGAGACGGAUGUGCCCGAGGGUGCUCCAGAGUUUAUCUCUCAGCGUCGUCGUUGGCUGAACGGUUCCUUCGCCGCCGGUAUUUACUCCCUGAUGCACUUCGGCCGUAUGUACAAGAGUGGCCACAACAUCGUGCGCAUGUUCUUCCUGCACAUCCAGAUGCUGUAUAACAUCUUCAACACCAUUCUUGCCUGGUUCUCUCUCGCCUCCUACUGGCUGACCACGACGGUUAUUAUUGACCUCGUCGGUACCCCCAGUACAAGCAAUGGUGAUAAGGCGUUUCCCUUUGGCCACGAUGCGACUCCUAUCGUCAACACAAUCGUCAAAUAUCUGUACUUGGGAUUCUUGCUGCUGCAGUUCAUCCUUGCACUUGGUAAUCGCCCCAAGGGAUCAAAGUUCUCCUAUCUUGCUUCCUUUGUCGCGUUCGGUAUUAUCCAGGUCUACAUCGUGGUCGAUUCACUAUACCUCGUGAUUCGCGCCUUUAGUGGAAACGCACCGAUGGAUUUCGUCACCAAUGAAGGCCUUGGCGCGUUUUUGCGAUCUUUCUUUGGCUCUCAAGGUGCUGGUAUCAUUAUCAUUGCUCUAGCUGCCACCUUCGGUCUCUAUUUCGUUGCCUCAUUCAUGUAUGCCGAUCCAUGGCACAUGUUUACUUCGUUCCCCGCCUACAUCGUCUUGCAGUCCUCUUACAUCAACAUCUUGAACGUCUACGCCUUCAGCAACUGGCAUGACGUCUCAUGGGGUACCAAGGGUUCUGAUAAGGCUGAUGCACUUCCCUCGGCCAAGACAACCAAGGAUGAAGGCAGUAAGGACGCUGUCAUUGAGGAAAUUGAUAAGCCUCAGGCAGAUAUCGACAGUCAAUUUGAGGCAACUGUGAAGCGUGCUCUGACCCCAUACGUUGCUCCCACGGAGCACGAGGAGAAAUCUCUGGAGGACUCCUACAAGAGUUUCCGUACCCGCCUCGUCACCUUCUGGAUCUUCAGCAAUGCCUUCCUGGCAGUGUGUAUCACUAGCGAGUCAGUGGAUAAGUUCGGUUUCACGGUAUGUUAUAGAGACACCUUUUUAACUGCCAGAGUAUGA